AUUGAAUUUUUACCGUGUCCAAACAAGCACAUUUAACCUCCAGAAGCCAGGAGCCGUCAGCUCCCGUUGGCUCAACUCUCUGUCUGACUCUCUUGUUCGUAGAUUCUGUUUCUAGCGUCAUUUCUCAUCUGACACAGCAAAGGCUUUAUCAGAACUUCGCUAUACAAUUAUUAUUGGAGUUCCUCAAAUUUUGCUAUACGGGAGGGGGGGACAAAGUAUCUCACCCACCCAGAUUCCCUCUGCUCAUAAAUCUUUCAUCUAAGCAAUGCGUCUUUCACAUCACAAAUAUUCAUCUUUACCCAACUCAGUCACAUUUUCCAGAUUCAAUCUUCGUCCCCACAACCCUAUUCUUGACACACUCUCUCUUUCCAUUACCCAUCCCAAAUCACUCAAUCACAAGCCUGAACUAUUGUCAAUGAACCAACCCAUUUCCUCCACUUACCCUCUCGCUUCAAAUCACGAUUCUCUUUCAGUUCUUGUUACUUCUUCCGAUGACAUUAAUGGUGGUGGUCAAGUUGAUAAAACCACGAGGUCUGAGAAAUUUCCAGAAACUGGAGAAGGUGGUAAGGAAAAAAGUUUCUGGGGUGCAGUUGGUUUGAUCAUUGGCACUGCAGUAGGGCCUGGUAUACUGGGUCUGCCUGCUGCAACCUUAAAAUCUGGCCCACUUCCAGCAACCAUUGCAAUAGUUCUUUCUUGGGUUUAUGUUAUCUCCUCAAUCAUUCUUGUUGCAGAGCUCAGUUUUGCAGCCAUGGAGGAAGAUGCUGUGGCAGAGGUGAGCUUCACCGGCCUUGCAACCAAAGCAUUAGGGAAUGAUUUUGGUGCUUUUGUUUCAGUAGUUUAUGCUUGCUUGAGUUUUGCUUUGUUAGUGGCUUGUGUUUCAGGCAUUGGUUCAAUUGUUUCUCAGUGGUUUCCAUGGAUGAAUCUAGUUUUGGCCCAUUCCUUGUUUCCUCUGGCAGCUGGAAUUGUGAUUAUGUUCUUCCCAUUUAAGUUCAUUGAUGCUGCAAACCGACUGUUGUGUGUUCUCAUGCUUUUCUCCAUAACUUCACUUGUAGCCAUUGGAAUAUUUAUAUCAAGAGCUAAUCUGUUGGCUUCCUUUGCCCGUGCAUCAUGGAGUAUCUCAUUGAUUUUGCCUGCUAUUCCUGUUACCGUUCUCACAUUAGGAUUCCAUGUUAUCACACCAUUCAUUUGCAAGAUUGCUGGAAACUCUGUAUCUGAGGCUAGGAAAGCUAUACUAGUUGGUGGAGUUGUUCCGUUGAUUAUGGUUCUAUCGUGGAAUUUGAUUGUUUUAGGGCUUGCAGGGACCAACCCAGCCACCACCUCCUCUGACCCCAUAUCCCUCUUGCUUUCUGUAAAUCCUUAUGCUUUGUCAGCUGUUCAAGGCUUCGCAUUCUCUGCCCUGGCUACAAGCUUGAUAGGAUAUGCUGUUAGCUUCCCAAAACAACUUAUGGAUACCUUGAAACAGAUAUUUGAGAAAUGUGAAAUUUCUAAUGAAAAUGGAAAAGGAAAAGUUGGGUUUGCAGUUUAUUCUGCUGGGAACCGUGAAAUUGGCAAUGUAGGGAAGAUUUCAUAUAACGACAACAAGGCAUUUACUGCCUCAGAUGUAAAGCUGACACCAAACCUUAGAUUUGAUUCUAUUGAAAUGUUUGUAAUGCCUCUUCUGCUGGGUGUUCCAGCUGUUAUUGCACCUUUCUUUCGCUCGACUUUUUCAAGAGCUCUGGAUUUUGCUGGGGUUUAUGCCAAUUGUUUUUUGUUUGGUAUCCUUCCUCCAGCUAUGGCAUAUAUACAGCAAUCUAGGAAGAAGCUCAGGAAGUCCAUUCUACCGGGAGGAAAUGUUACACUCUUGCUAUUGUUUAGCAUCGCCAUUGCCCUGGGAAUUUGGCAUUAGGUGGCUAUUUUUGUGCAGUAUGUUUUCUCUGCAGGCCAGUUUUGGCAAUCACAAUAUUCUCCAAUAUAUACUUGAAUCAAUUAAUUAACCCAAAGAUCCUUCAAGUCUAUGGUAUCUAGUUUGUUGUAAUUCUGAAUUCCCAAUUCAUUUUCAAAUUCUUAAUUAAUAAGAAUUGAAACUUGCAUGGAGGUA